AUGGAAGAAACGGAGCACAAGUACGUACAAGUAAACGGGCUAAAGAUCCAUUUCGCUGAAAUCGGAUCCGAGUCAUCUCCGGUAGUGGUUUUCCUGCACGGGUUCCCGGAAAUAUGGUACUCUUGGCGCCACCAGAUGAUUGGUGUAGCUAAAGCCGGGUUCAAAGCCAUUGCAUCCGAUUACCGAGGUUACGGUCUGUCCGAUCCGCCUCCCCAACCCGAGAAGGCCACCUUUGCUGACUUCAUCUCUGACCUCAAUGCUCUUCUUGAUGCUCUCGCAAUUCCAAAGGUUUUUCUUGUUGGCCCACCUGCAUUUCUUGAGCAUCUUCCUGAAGGCUUUUAUAUUUCAAGAUGGCUGGAACCCGGAAGAGCAGAGGCCGAUUUUGGUCGACUGGACUCUAAAACGGUUGUACGGAAUAUCUAUAUCCUCUUCGCACGAAGUGAAAUACCAAUAGCUAAUGAAAACCAGGAGAUAAUGGAUAUGGUGGAUUCAUCUACUCCUUUACCGUCUUGGAUCCCCGAGGAAGAUCUUGUGGCCUAUGGUUCUUUAUAUAAAAUCAGGACAAUCAAUGAAGAGUUCAAUAUAGCAAAUCUGAAAGUUGAAGCACUGCUGAUCAUGGGUACCAAGGAUUAUGUGCUCAAAUUUCCAGGAAUGGAAGAUUAUAUAAAAAAUGGACAUGCAAAAUUGUUUGUUCCUAAAUUGGAGACAACAUAUCUACCAGAAGGCAGCCAUUUUGUGCAGGAGCAGUUUCCUCACCAAGUGAGCCAGCUAAUUCUCAACUUUCUUAUCAACCACAGAUGA